CGUACUCACGGUUGAUCAUGUCAAUGGUGAGAAACGUAAGUCGAGCAUGGUCAGUACGUCCGAUAAGAUUCAGACGGAUUGGCGCUCUUUUGUCGACAUUUGAGCUGUCGGAUGAGGCAAUAUUCACUAGCGAGCACGAAGCGAUGCGUUCUUCUUUACGAAAACUAAUUGAUGAGCACAUCAAUCCUUAUGUAGACGAGUGGGAAUAUGUCAAGUCUUUUCCAGCACAUGAAGUUCUCAAGAAAUUAGGAAAGGCCGGUUUCUUGGGUGUGACCAAGCCGCCCGAGUGCGGGGGCCUGGGGUUGGACUUCUCAUAUAGUGCAGCUGUCACUGAAGAGCUUGGGCACAUCACAUGUGGUGGCAUAUCAGGAGCAAUUGCAAUGCAGGCAGACAUGGCAACACCUGCUUUGGCUCGUUUUGGGAGUGACGAGCUCAAGAAACAAUUUCUUGUCCCUUCUAUAGCAGGAGACUAUGUGGCAUGUUUGGGCGUGUCUGAAGCUGGUGCUGGAUCAGAUGUAGCCAGUAGAAAGACAACAGCUAGACCUACAAUGACUAGUGAGGAUCUUGUGAUCAACGGAGGAAAGAUGUGGAUAACGAAUGGAGCUCAAGCUGAUUGGAUGUGUCUACUGGCCAACACCAGAGAAGGACGUCCUCAUCAAAAUAAGUCGCUCAUCUGUGUACCCAUGGAUGCUAAAGGAAUCACAAUUAGUAGGAAAAUUGAAAAACUUGGACAUUGGUCAGCAGAUUCGGUUGAAAUAGCAUUCCAAGAUGUACGAGUGCCUAAGACAAAUAUUAUUGGAGAGGAAGGCAAAGGAUUUCAGUAUCAAAUGAUGCAAUUUCAGGAGGAACGGAUGGGUGCAACUGCUUUGGUACUCGAACCAAUGCAACGACUCAUUGAACAAACUGUAGAGUACACUCAAAAUCGCAGAGCAUUUGGGCAAUCCAUAUUAGACAAUCAAGUUGUUCACUACAGAAUAGCCGAGCUGCAGACUGAACUGGAAGCAUUGCGAAGUAUGCACUAUCGAUGUAUUGGUAUGUAUGUGAAAGGGAAGGAUAUUACACCGUUGGCAUCAAUGGCAAAGCUGAAAGCUGGACGGUUGGUCAGACAGCUGACUGAUUCAUUACUGCAGUACUGGGGAGGAAUGGGAUACACAUCUGAAGUCGAGGUGAGUCGUCAGUAUCGUGACAUGAGACUUUUGUCUAUUGGUGCUGGUGCUGAUGAGGUGAUGCUCUAUAUUAUUUGUAAGUGGAUGGGAACAUUGCCUCGUCACAUGUAG